CUCAUCGCAUCCAAUCACAAUGCUUAGGGCUGAAGAUGAAGCCAAUCAGGUCCAACCAGGAGGCGGGGACGCCCGCGCUCAACUAGAAGUGAUAGAGGCCGAGAGACCGCAAGCCCGGGACUACUAGUCCUCUUCCAAUGAAGACCAAUCGCAAGCCAGAUACAGGAGAGUGACUGUCAAGAAAACCAAUUAGAUUAUCCAGAGGGAACCUGGCCCUACCUCUUCUCUGAGGGACGACUCUAACUACCAAUAGCAUGGGCGAGAAGGCAGUCCCUUCGCUGAGGAGGAGGCGUGAGCUAGAACUUUGAGACUGAGUUUAUACUCUUGAGCUACAAAUCUUCUGGAGGCCCUGGCCUGCUGAGAUAUGAAGAAUUCACCAGUGUUUCUCUACAGAGUUAGUACUAAAAGGACCUCAAGUGGAAAAACCUCCUACUACUCCCUGAAAGUAAAGCGGAGCUGCCCUUCAUGUGGCCCAGAGCUUGAGGUUGAAGAAGAGAAGAAGGGGAGAGGGAACCCUAUUUCUGUUCAGUUGUUUCCCCCAGAGCUGGUGGAACAUAUCAUCUCAUUCCUCCCAGUCAGAGAUGUAGUCGCCCUAGGCCAGACCUGCCACUACUUCCACGAAGUCUGCGAUGCUGAGGGCGUGUGGAGACGCAUCUGUCGCAGGCUCAGUCCUCGCCUACGAGAGCAGGGUUCUGGGGUCCGGCCCUGGAAGAGAGCUGCCAUUCUUAACUACACGAAAGGACUGUAUUUCCAGGCAUUUGGGGGCCGCCGCCGCUGUCUCAGCAAGAGUGUAGCCCCCCUGCUAGCCCAUGGCUACCGCCGCUUCUUGCCCACCAAGGACCACGUCUUCAUUCUCGACUAUUCUGGGACCCUCUUCUUCCUCAAAAAUGCCCUGGUCUCCUCCACCCUUGGCCAGAUCCAGUGGAAGCGAGCCUGCCGCUAUGUUGUACUGUGUCGUGGAGCCAAGGACUUUGCCUCAGACCCAAGAUGUGACACAGUGUACCGUAAAUACCUCUAUGUACUGGCCACUCGGGAGCAGCUGGGAGUAGCAGGCGCAACAGGCAGCCGGGCCUGUGACUGUGUCGAAGUCUACUUGCAGUCUAGUGGGCAGCGGGUCUUCAAGAUGACCUUCCACCACUCCAUGAGCUUCAAACAAAUUGUGCUGGUUGGUCAGGAGACCCAGCGGGCUCUCCUGCUGCUCACAGAGGAAGGAAAGAUCUACUUUUUGGUAGUGAAUGAAACCCAGCUGGACCAACCACGUUCCUACACAGUUCAGCUGGUCCUGAGGAAGGUGUCCUGUUGCCUGCCUCACCUGCGUGUGGCCUGCAUGGCUUCCAACCAGAGCAGUACUCUCUAUAUCACGGACCAGGGGGGAGUGUAUUUUGAGGUGCAUACCCCAGGGGUGUAUCGUGAUCUCUUUGGGACCCUUCAAGCAUUUGACCCCUUGGACCAUCAGAUGCCACUUGCUCUCUCACUGCCUGCCAAGGUCCUAUUCUGUGCUCUUGGCUACAAUCACCUUGGCCUGGUGGAUGAAUUUGGCCGAAUCUUUAUGCAAGGAAAUAACAGAUAUGGGCAGCUGGGAACAGGGGACAAAAUGGACCGAGGGGAACCCACACAGGUGCAUUAUCUGCAACGUCCCAUUGCUCUGUGGUGUGGCCUCAACCACUCCCUGGUGCUGAGCCAGACCUCGGACUUCAGGAAGGAGCUGCUGGGCUGUGGCUGUGGGGCUGGAGGUCGCCUCCCUGGCUGGCCCAAGGGGAGCGCCUCCUUCGUCAAGCUCCACGUCAAGGUCCCUUUGUGUGCCUGCUCCCUCUGCUCUACCAGAGAGUGUCUCUACAUGCUGUCCAGCCAUGACAUUGAGCACCAUCCCGCCUAUCGAGACCUCCCAGCCAGCAAGGUGGUGGGGACCCCCGAGCCCAACCCCGGGUCUGGAGAGCCCCAGGACCCUGGGGGGACAGCUUGGGCCUGUGAGGAGUACCUCAGCCAGAUUCACAGUUGCCCCACAUUGCUGGACCGCAUGGAAAAGAUGAAGGAGAUUGUGGGCUGGAUGCCCUUGAUGGCUGCACAGAAGGAUUUCUUCUGGGAGGCCCUAGACAUGCUGCAGAGGGCUGCGGGAGGGGUUGACCAAGCCCCCCCAACCCCUGAGAGUUGACCCCUCUCCUAGUCUCACCCCUGGAGGGAGAGUCUGGCCCUGGGCCAAAGGCUAAGGAGAGAUGGAGCGGUAGCAAUGAACACUGUAUGUGUGCAUGGGGAGGGGGACGCAUUAGGCUGAGGACUGAUAGACACGCCAGGGUGGGCAGGGAGCUAUUUUGUAAAAUGUUCAGGGGGCUGCCCAGGAGGGACCCCCAACUUGACUAUCAUGGACAAGAGAUUUGAUGGACAAAUAGAAUAAAAGGCUAAAGAGAGCCCCGGUUUGGAACCCUGGGGCCUGGGAAGACCAUGGGGGAGGGGAUGGGGGACCUGAUGCCUGACUCAGUGGGCGAGGGAGGGCAGGA